AUGGGCAUCCUGGAUCACUCGGAGGAGGAGGAGGAGGAGGAGGGGAGCCACUACGGCAGCGGAGGCAAGAGGUGUGGCGCGCGGCGGCAGAAGCCGAGGUCGAAGAGCCACCACCAGCUGCUGCUCAUGGACAGCGUCGGCGGCGGUAAGGCCGGCGCGGACGGGGAGUGCGCGUCGGAGGAGGAGGAGAUCGUGCCGCUGCCGGAUUACGAGCGGCUGUCCCAGUCCGCGCGCCUCCCGGACGACGACCCAGCCGGCGCCGAGGACCCGCCUCCUCCGUCCAAGCGGAGCGCGUCCCUGACGCCCCCGCCGCGGGAGCAGCAGCAGCAGAAGCCGGCGGCGUGGAGGCUGCUCCAGUACGUGCGGUCGAUGCACAGGUCUUCGGCAGGGGCCGUGGUCGCCGGCGGGUACUGCGGCGGCUCGUCGGACGGCGACUCCAAGAGCUCCGACGGCGAGAAGGAGGGGGGAGACGUCGGCGGCGACGGCCCUGAGGAGGGGAGGAAGGACAAGCAGCGGCAGCAGCAGAAGAAGAAGCGGUCGUCGUGGCUGCCGGACCCCGACCGCCGGUGGCCGGUGCAGGGGUUCUACUAG